AUGCAUUGUGUUCAGUGGAUCAGUCCUGCACUCAGCGCUGUCAGAGUGAACAAACCCAGCGGAUAGGUGGCCUGGAUCGGUUCUGCUGCAGGAGGAGAGAGAAGCGGAGGACUCGAUCCGUCAGGGACGGGCUGGACGUCAGCUUCUCCUCCGUCUCUAACAGCUCCGUGUCUGCAGGGGAGGGGGGGGGGAGUAAACAAGGGGCAUCAGCUGCACCUUUCUAACCUGAAGGCCGGAGAGAAAAGCCCCGCAGACAUGCCCGGCUUCGACUACAAGUUCCUGGAGAAGCCGAAGAGGCGCUUCCAGUGUCCGCUCUGCAGCAAGGCGAUGCGGGAGCCCGUCCAAGUGUCCACCUGUGGACACCGCUUCUGUGACACCUGUCUGCAAGAAUUCCUCAGUGAGGGUGUCUUCAAAUGUCCAGAGGACCAACUGCCGUUAGACUAUGCCAAGAUCUACCCAGACCCAGAGCUGGAGCAGCAGAUUCUGGCGUUGCCCAUCCGCUGCAUCCACAGCGAAGAGGGCUGCCGCUGGACUGGACAGAUGAAGCAGCUGCAGGGCCACUUCUCCACCUGCGCCUUCAACGUGAUACCGUGCCCCAACCGCUGCUCCGUAAAGCUGACCCGCCGUGACUUACCGGACCACCUGCAGCACGACUGCCCUAAACGCAAGGUCAAGUGCGAGUUUUGUGGCAGCGAGUUUACCGGCGAGGCUUACGAGAACCACCAGGGUGUGUGUCCUCAGGAGAGCGUUUACUGUGAGAAUAAAUGUGGGGCGAGGAUGAUGCGUCGCCUGCUGUCCCAACACAGCAUGGCCGAGUGUCCCAAACGCACACAGCCCUGCAAGUACUGCGGAAAAGAAUUUGUGUUCGACACAAUCCAGAACCACCAAUAUCACUGCCCACGCUUCCCUGUCCAGUGUCCAAACCAGUGCGGCACUCCUAACAUCGCCCGGGAGGACCUGGCCAAUCACGUGAAGGACAACUGCGGCAAUGCGCUUGUCCUCUGUCCCUUCAAAGAUGCCGGCUGCAAACACAGGUGCCCUAAACUGGCUAUUGGCCGUCACCUGGAGGAGACCACCAAGUCCCACCUUACCCUGAUGUGUAACUUGGUUGGACGCCAAAGGCAAGAAAUUCUAGAGCUGCGAAGAGAGAUGGAGGAGCUGUCGGUCAGCCAAGACGGUGUCCUCAUCUGGAAACUCAGUGACUACUCUCGCAAACUGCAGGAAGCCAAACUCCGGAGCAACCACGAGUUCUUCAGCCCACCGUUCUACACUCACCGCUACGGUUACAAACUGCAGGUGUCAGCUUUCCUGAACGGCAACGGCAGCGGCGAGGGCUCCCAUCUGUCCGUCUACAUCCGCGUUCUACCGGGGGAGUACGACAACCUACUAGAGUGGCCGUUCUCCUACAAGGUGACGUUCUCCAUCCUGGACCAGAGCGACCCGUCUCUUUCCAAACCUCAGCAUAUCACAGAGACCUUCAACCCCGACCCCAACUGGAAGAACUUCCAGAAGCCCAGCAGCAGCCGCAACUCGCUGGACGAGAGCACCCUGGGCUUCGGCUAUCCCAAGUUCAUCUCACACGAAGAAAUCAAGAAGAGGAACUACAUCCGAGACAACUGCAUCUUCAUCAAGGCUUCUAUAGAUAUUCCCCAGAAGAUAAUGGGUUAAGAUCCAUUGUUUUUAUUUUUUGUUAUGAAGGAGAAAGAAAGGUUAAAGACCAGAACUAAUAAUUAACCUUAAAAACUUCAAAACAUUUACCCUUUAUAUACUUCCUGCCCUCACAGCCUCUCCACCCCGGAGCUUAAAGGGAGUCUGGUUGUACGAGCUGACUUUAAGGAACUAGAGGGGGAAAUGUUUGGUCUGCAGAACUGUCACUCGUUGACUUUUCGUUUUUUAUUUGAGUUUCUUUAUAUUUGCUGACCUUGUAAUCGCCCUCUACAAUGUAAAGCCUUUGAAAUCAAACAGUGCCUAGAGUGUUUAUCUUGAGUUAUACUUUAAUUUUUAUUUUUUUUCUGCAGUACCAACCUAAACAAAUGUGGUAAUGAUGUAGAAAUAAGGUGGAGGGGCAUCUGUAAGCUAAAAGAAGCUCUGGAAAAGUUCAAACAUUCUCCAUUGAAGAUGGAACCAAGCUGAUUAAACCUCAUGCCCACAUGCCUUUUGUUUACAUCCCAGUAUCUCCUCGAACAAACCCACAGAUCCUGGAAGAAAUGAAAAUGGAUAAAUAAAUAAAUUGGUUAUUACAUUUUAAAAAAUUAAACAUAAUAGAUAAUUUGAUUUAAAAAUGUGCUUACAAUGAAACCUACGCCGGUUACUAUCUAUGAUAAGAAA